CGCUCUCGGUUGGCGUGCACGCGGGUAUGUUGAACUGGGAGUCGACAAAUCUAUUCUUGCAGUCAGUGUGCUUACAUUCAUCAGUCCAGAUGAGGAUUGUUACUGAAGUGCAUCUAGUCUCAAUCUGAGAGAUGAUAGCAGAACCAACUUUACUGUCCAGAUCCGUUCAAAAAGAGAACUCAGCGGCCGACGCCUCUUCCUGUGCAUCAGUCCGUCACGUCUCAAGUGAGAGGAAUGAAAACAGACAGAAGACUGUGAGAGGAAAGAGGAAAGCACGGGAAUGCUCUGAAAAUGCUAAACGUAAGCGUUCGAAGGGCAGUAAUGGCAGUCUGGGAAGAGCAGAGAAGGACCAGCUGAAAAAUGGAGAUGUGGAAGCCGUCACCUUGUUUGAGGUGGUCAGCAUGGGCCGGAGUGCCAUGCAGGCUGUGGUGGAUGACUGGAUUGAUGCAUAUACCAUAGACAGAGACACAGCGCUGCUGGAUCUCAUCAGCUUCUUUAUCCAGUGCUGUGGAUGUAGAGGUAUGGUAACGGCAGAAAUGUUUCAGAGCAAACAGGGUACUGACGUCUUGAGUAAAAUGGUGGAAGAUCUGGAUGAGGACACAGGUUUACAAUAUAAGAAGUUUCUUGCAUUUCCAUGGAUUUUAACUGUCACGUGGCCUCUUGACAUUGACAGUGGCGAGUAUCCACUCAUCAUGUCCGGCCUUUACUGGAAAAGGUUCCGGUCACACUUCUGUGAAUUUGUAUCGGUGCUAGUGGCCCAGUGUCAGAACUGCGUCAUCUUUGACGGCUACCUCCUGAACACGCUCAUCUCACUCCUGACAGAGCUCUCCGACUCCAAAGUUCGUGCUUUUAGACACACCUGUACACUUGCAGCAGUUAAACUACUCGGGGCUCUGGUGAAUGUGGCUCUCAGCCUUAGUAUUGGUGUUGAUAACAGUCAGCGGCUGUGUGAGGUUGAAAUGGCCAAAAUGCCCAGCAAAAGGGCUUCUUCGAGGUUGGACAGGAUGCAGAAAAAGAUUACUGAGUUACAGGAAAGGAAAUUCGAAAUAGAGAACAUGAUGGAUGCCAUUUUUAAAGGGGUUUUCUUGAAGAGAUACAGAGACGUGAUUCCUGAGAUCAGGGCCAUCUGUAUGGAGGAGCUGACAAUGUGGAUGAAGCAGUACAGUUCUGUGUUUUUGAACGACAGCUAUCUGAAGUAUGUGGGAUGGAUGAUGCAUGACAAGCAACCUGACGUGCGUCUGAAAUGUGUACUGGGUCUGCAGGCACUUUAUCAGGAUGAAAUCAGUCCUAAAAUGGACCUCUUCACUAUACGGUUUAAGGAGAGAAUGAUCUCAAUGACGCUGGAUAAAGAUCAUGAAGUUGCUAUACAGGCCGUGAGAUUGCUGAUGGUCAUCUCCCAAUCCUGCGAGGAUGUUUUGGGUCCUGAUGACUACAAGAACAUCUUCCAGUUUGUGUACUGCUCCCACAGGCCUCUAGCUACCGUUGCUGGUGAAUUCCUCUACACCAGGCUGCUCUGUAACCCUGAAUUACCAAGGUCCAGGGACGAACGGGACAGGCACAGAGAGCUUAUUUUAGCAAGAAUUCAAGUCCUUAUCCGCUUCCACACUGAGAGUCAGCUGCAUCAGCACGUGCUGUAUCUCGUGGACAGUCUGUGGGACAGUGCAGGUGUUCUGCUGAAGGACUGGACUGGUCUUACCUCACUGCUCCUACCUCACACUUCUUGUCAGGAGCAAGAUUUGAGCAGUGAUGAGGAGACGUUUGUGAUCGAGCUCUUGCUGGCAUCAUUGAGACAGGCUGCAGAGGGUCCUUCAUUAUCAGGGAGAGGAACAGGUAAAAAGGUGAUAAGCGCUAAAGAGAAAAAGGUUCAAACUGAUGACUGCUCAAAACUCACUCAACAUUUUGUUAAAGUGCUGCCUGAGCUUUUAUCCAAGUACUCAGAGGAUGCUGAAAAACUGAUCUCCUUCCUAAGAAUACCUCAGUAUUUCCAUAUGGACACCUGUGAUCAAGAAAACUCACAGUUUGUGCAGUCAUUGCUGGCUGAGCUGGAGGCUGUGGUGGACAGACACACAGACACGGGGCUUCUGGAGACAGCUGCUCGCUCUUACCAGAGCAUCUGUACUCAGGAUUCCCCCUGGUACUCUCUGACCCGGUCCACCUUCGACCAGCUUGUUCAACGCUCGACCCAAACACUGGAAACAUGGUUGGAAGAAUCAUUAAGUGAUGGUUGUUUCACUGCAAAUGAGGACAACACGUUGGAAAUUCUGUCCACUCUGAAGAAACUUACUGUAUUCAACAAUGCUCAGGAUCUGUCUAAAUGGAGCCUGUCUGAGCUGGGCAGCAGACUUAUAGAGGCAGAGAUAAAACAUGGUGGUCUACCCAUAGAGAUAACAAUUGAGGCUCUGCGCUGCAUGUGUAGCUGCAUCCUCUGGAAGCUCAACACCUCCGGAGAAGGUCUGACCUCCAGGGAGUCUGCCCUCCACCAUAGAAACCAGCUGCGUGUCUUCUGUGAGAAAUGCCACCGCUGUUUGUCGCACGCCCAGCAGCUCAUAAGAGAGCAAGCCUUCAUGUGUCUGAGUGACGUUCUCAUAGCUCAUAACUACCAGCUUCAGAUGUGGGAUUCUUCAGCCGGCUCUCCAGUACUGUACACCCCUGAUCCAAGACUCCAAAAAGCGUUGCUGUCGUUCAUCCUGGAGCACGUCUUCACCAGCCCUGAGCUUGACACCCAUAGCAGUAAAGUCGGUGAGAGCGAGUGUGGAGAGGGUCGGCUGGAAGACUUGCACAAGCGGAGAAAUCUUCUGGCUGCGUACUGCAAGCUGAUAGUGCAUGGAGUGCUUGAGAUGAGCACGGCUGCUGAGGUUUUCAAGCAGUAUGUGAAGUAUUACAAUGACUUCGGCGACAUCAUCAAAGAGACCCUGAACAGGACAAGGCAGAUGGACAAGAUAGAAAGUGCACGCACGCUAAUGCUGUGCCUUCAGCAGCUGUACCUGAGGUUGAAACAAGAGCAGGACAGAGGGAACACGUGCAGUUCCAGGGUUCAGACGUACAGCACCAUAAAAGAGCUGGCCAGACGCUUCUCACUCACCUUCGGUUGGGACCAGAUCAAAUCCCGCGAGUCUCUGGCCAUGAUCCACAGGGAUGGCAUUGAGUUUGUUUUCAAAGGAUUCAUUCAGCAGUCUGAGAAACACUCACCGCCACACACUUCAUACCUCACCAUCCUCAGCGAGUUCUCCAGCAAGCUGCUCAAACCUGACAAGAAGACUGUCUACAGUUAUUUGCAGAAGUUUGCAGGUGAGCAGGUUAUCAACAACCGAGAGGAGAGCUGGAUGCCUCUUAUUUACUACAGAGCAUCUCUGAUGGGCACGGCCGAGGGGGAAGAUGCCGUCUCCUUCAUCAGUUCUGACACCAACAAACAGCCCUCCUUCACCAAUCUCUCAAGGUCACCCUCUAUAAAACAAGUCAAUCUUGAAGGAGAUCAACGGUUCCUUUCACCAUCUACAGAAUCAAAAGGAAACAAGCUUGUGAAAAGUUCUGAAGAAGCAAAGGUCUCACAAACCCCACUGACCGGCAGUCUUCUAGUUGAUGAUGGUCCACGGGGCAGUGAGGAUGUGGAUGAUGAUGACACCGUAGAUAUUGAUGUUUAAUACUGUAGUUCACACCAGACAUUGGACUGUUUUCUUUUUGUUUAGGACAACUAGCUUGCAUUCCCUUUCUACACAAACUACUGUAAAUACAAAUACAUUUUAAGUUGUACAUUUUAACAUCGUAUCAACGGAAUUUGUGAUUUAGCAGAAAAGUGUAUGUUUACAGUUCUUGAUUCUUGUACCAUGUUCUCCUUCAUAACAUUUAUUCAAUCAAUAAAACACAAACAUCCUGCUGAA